UUGUAUGUAUUGUAUUGAAUCCAAAGAUUACUGGUGUCAACUUUCAACUAUUACAUUUUGUGCAAAACCUAGUCAAUAACAAACAGUUGUUAGAGUGAGGAUUGAGGAGAAUGACCAAUUCCUAGUUUAAAGGAAAACGUUCCUCCAUAUCCACAAACGGUUUUCCCGCUAAUAAUGGCAGACGUUAGAUUAAGUGACGAACAUGAUCGAUUACAAGUUAUGGCAAAUGCUUCACGAGACUGUAAGCUACGAGCAUCUGCAAGUUACGGUAACCUAAAAAACUCGAGCAUGUCAACGCUGCUGCUCGACUCAAGCAUACGGCCGUGUUACUAUCUCUUACAAAUACUCGGAAUGUGGAGACCCAAACGCCAAAUCACGAACAAAAACAUAGAAAUUGCAUUGAAAGUGUACGAAUGGAUAACAUUCUUCAUAUGGCUUGUGUCUUUAAUUGCCGUGAUGUCUUUGGACUUUAUCCAUUACGGUUUCGCAGUCAGGAAAAUUCACUUCGCAGACAUCUUAAACAGCAUCCCCACAUGUCUCAAUUUACUUUGUCCUUUCGUUUUCACCCGUGUCUAUCUAAGACGAGGACAAUUCUUAAGGCUCGUCUUCAGCGUGCAACAUCACUCCAUACUAUACCGAAAGAAACUACGCAGAAAAGCCAUAUUAUAUACCAUCGUCUCCUAUACACUUUGGCUUCUGGGUGGAACCUUUUUCUUCUUUCAUUGGACCCCAUUCUUUUCACGUCCAUGGCAAUAUGUCAUUUAUACAGUGGUUAUCCUAUAUACGACGGGAUGGUGGGCUGUAUGGUUGAGUAUUUACGCUUUUGUUUGCGACGUACAUUGCCUGCAGGUCGAAAUUCUUAACGAGAGCAUUCGAAACAGGAACGUCAGUUUAGUCAACGUACUCGACGAGCACCAAAGAUUACGAGGUUUCUUGGAAAGAACGCAAAAAGAUUUCAAUCUAAUAAUAUCGUUUGCCGUUAGUUAUCACAUUUUCGACAUCAUCGUUUUUAGUUUCGCGUAUUUCGAUCAGGCCUUCGGUAAGAACUAUAAACUCUGGCAAUACUUAUUGGGAGUAGCCUUCGAUUUGAUCACUAUCCUCAUAAAGCUGUUCCCACCUGCGCUGGUGGCAGCUGCGGUUCAUUGUUCUAUCACAGAAUCCUCCAAACGAUGCCAUGUUACACUUGACGUGCACGAUUUGCCUCAAGACGCCAUGCAAUUGUUCCAAUACAUGGUUAGCUGUGAACCUGACAUGGGUUUGAAAAUCCUUGGCAUUCGCAUCACCAUUGAAAUUGUUGGUACAAUACUCAUGACGUUAGCGACCGGAUGUGUUUCUUUCGUGGCUUUUAUUGUUCCACGACUAAUUAACGACACAAUGUAGAUUGUAUCUGCAUCACCCCCACAAUUCUCUUUUAAAAAGUGUGGUGGAAGAAGGGGGGUGUAUCUGCAUCA